CUUUGACAUCAGCACCAAAACAAGGCAACCUCAACUUCCUCACGAAAAGCCCCUUGGCAAGAAUGGCUGGUCUCAUCCUCGUAGAUGUCCAGUAUGACUUUCUGCCUGGUGGAGCGCUCGCCGUCAAGGAGGCGGACACGAUCAUCACGCCUAUCCUCGACGAGCUUCUCCCGCCCGCCUCGGCCUCAUCGAGCUCCCAACAGCCGUGGCGCACCAUCGUAGCGACGCAGGACUAUCAUCCGGUGGGGCACAUCUCUUUCGCUUCCUCACAUACAGGAGCCAAACCGCUCGAUACGAGACGCGUUAGUCAUCCCUUGAUCAAGGGCGAGGAGAUAGACCAAGUCAUGUGGCCAGACCAUUGUGUGCAGGGUACCAGGGGCGCCGAGAUUGAGGAUCACGUCGCGGCCAGGCUACGGCAGAUCAAGACGUCAGAGCGGGAAGCGCCGGACAUCAUCCUGGUUCAAAAGGGUACCGACCCGCACGUAGACGGGUAUUCUGGUCUAAGCGACAACGCUCAGUCACGCUUUACGCCCUUAGUACGAUAUCUCUCCUCUCGCCGCCCCGACCCAAUCGACGUGGUCGUCGUCUGCGGCCUGGCGACUGAUUAUUGCGUACUUUACACUGCGAUGGACCUCGUCAAGUUUGGGUACAAGGUCCUACUGCCCCGCGAGGCGACCAGAGGAGUCGAUGCGCAAGGAAGUCAGGAGGCGCUGGACAAGCUGGAAGCUGCUGGAGUCAAGGUAGUGCAGACUGCGAGGGAGGCAAAGGAGCUGGCGCGGCAGAUGGUGAAGCAGCUCGAGGCUAGAAGCGAGGAAAGCUACUUGGGCAAGUUUGAGCUGGAGCAGAAGAAGGUGUGGGAGGAGCAGAUGGGGAGACAGAGUGUGCAAUGACAAGAACUUCAAGCAAGGAAAGACUCGCAUCCUGCUGUGACAGAGCUGAAAUGGGGUAUAGAUCGCGUGAGGAAAGCGCUGGUAUACAUGAGGAGAGAAUGGAACGGGCGGAGGGUGAGAAGAGGCUAGAUCUCUCUUUG